AAUAAACAAAGGUAAAAAAAAAAACUAUUGGAAUUGAUGGUCCGAUACUAUUAGCUUUUUGAAAUCUUAGUUAUAUCUGUGUAUUUAAUGAUAUUUGUCAAGUACAGAGUUGUAAGCUCAUUCAUACUUAUAAGUACCUAAUCGUGAUGUUUUUAAUGAUUACUGAAAAGUUAGUGAAACUAACUCUGCAGCUACAAGGAAAAAGAAUUUUCUGUAAUGAACCAUGUCGCUCCUGUUGACCCGCGGGGACGGGUGACCCCGUGCUUCAGACAUGGGUUUACAAGCUGUGGUGUUCAAGCCGUCGGUGAGCCGCACGUUCAUCCCCCUGGCCGUGGGGAUAUUCUGCGGGUUCAGCUUCGCCUACAUCCUGAUGGUCACCAGCCAUUACACCGUGGAGAACCUGCCCUGGACUCUUACCAGCCGCGCCUCCCGUCCCCGUGACCCCCACCACCACAGCGACAUGGAGGACGCGACACUGCCCGAGAUGGUGAGCGUCGGGUCCCACAAUCACGACGAGGAGUUCCACAAAGACGAGGACCUGGUGGCGAGGCAGCUGGCGCGGAAGGUGCGCGUGCUGUGCUGGGUGAUGACGUCGCCCUCCAACCACGAGAAGAAGGCGCGCCACGUGAAGGCGACCUGGGGCCGGCGCUGCAACGUGCUGCUCUUCAUGAGCAGCUCCAACGACAGCUCGCUGCCCUCGGUCGCCCUGCCGGUGAAGGAAGGCAGGGACUACUUGUGGGCCAAGACCAAGGAGGCGUUCAGGCACGUGUACCGGCACUACCUCGACCAGGCCGACUGGUUCAUGAAGGCCGACGAUGACACGUACGUCGUGGUGGAGAACCUGCGCUACAUGCUGUCGCCGUACAGCCCCGACGAGCCCUCGUACUUUGGCUGCCGCUUCAAGCCGUACGUGAAGCAGGGCUACAUGAGCGGGGGCGCCGGCUACGUGCUGAGCCGCAAGGCAGUCCAGCUCUUCAUCGAGGACGGCGUCGAAGCGAGCCGGUGCAGGCAGGACCACGGGGGAGCCGAGGACGUGGAGAUAGGGAAGUGCUUGGAGCUCGUGGGGGUGAAGGCGAUGGACUCUAGAGACCCCUUGGGACGGGGGAGGUUCUUCCCGUUUGUGCCGGAACACCACCUCAUCCCCCACCACGUGAACAAAGACUUCUGGUACUGGAAGUACAUCUUCUACGAGAGCAAGGAGGGGAUGGACUGCUGUUCGGACAGCGCGGUGUCGUUCCACUACGUCUCCCCGAACCUGAUGUACGUGCUGGAGUACCUGAUCUACCACCUGCGGCCGUACGGCAUCUCGCACCACGUGGAGACGCCCGCGGCGCCGGGCACCGCCGUGGCCUCCCCCGUGGUCGCGGGCUCGCCCGGUGCGCCUGCGACGGCGCAGAAUCCCAGCAAGACAGACGGCAUCACCAACUGGUAACCCCCGACGCCGCCACUUGUUCAGAGGUAGGGAGAAGAGCGAGCAGUUUGGUUUCCUGUGAGCCGACGCACAGUGUACAAUCGCGCCAGUAUACUUCAGACCUAGGUUACGUAGCGGUGAAGUGAUAAAAACACCAUCUGGUGAUGGCAGAAGAAAGUUCCGUAGUAGAAAUGAAGCUGGAUGAAAUAUUGCAAAAUUUGAAAAGUUCAGGUAAGUUUUUUUAAUGUUCUUUUACAAAAAAAAACUAUUUUCUGCAUUAAUAGUUAUGAGCUAAAAUUUUCAACAGUUUUCAAAAAUUUCAUUUUAGUAUAAAUUAGUGGUUAUAAUAUUCAUUUUUAUUGAACAUGUUUUCAGUACUUUGCUAAUAUAUUUAAUAAUAAAUGCAAUUUUUUUCAUAUUGUUUCCAGGAAUAAUUUAAUGCAGGUAUAAAGAUUUCAGUGUUAUAUGGGUUUUAACAAGCUUAAUUUUUUUUUGUUAGUAAAACUACUACUAAAUUAUGUAAAGUGGCGUAUCAUGAAAGUCCAAUAUUUUUAAAAUGAAUGAUUUUCUGUAUAAGUUAAGAAAUAUCUUUUUGGUUGAGUCAUAUUCGCUGGUAAUAUUUCAAUGAUACAAACACCAUUUUUUUGAUGUUGUGCAGUAAUAUAUACAUAUUUAUAAAUAAUUUAUUUAGCUUCAUUUUGAAAUUGUGACAUUAUUGUGUGUUGAACUUUUUUUUUUUUAACGUGUGACUUUUAGAAUUUGAUUAUUGUUUGUAGGUAAGUACGUAGUACUAGUUUGUAACUGCACAGCUACAUAAGUACAACUUAAAAUAUAACGUCAGGUGUGAUGGUAGUGUGAUUGCUGUAAUGCAUGCUUGUGGAGAGAUUUUACUUGCGAGGCUUUGGUACGAGGAUGUUUUAAUUUUGUAGGCUUUUUGUGACAUUCAGUUGUGCUCUUUUGGCUCAUUUUGUGAAAUUUCUAACCUACAAUAAAUUGACAUAAUUUACUAAAAUUUAAUAAGACCAUCCAUACUAAGUAGUACUCCUCUUUUUGUCCAGUUUUUAAAAGAAUAAAGCAUAAUUUUUGCUAAUAAAAUCCUCUUAGCUGCUUAGUAGACUUUGGGCACAGAUAUUAUUGGUCAACCAUGCAUACACCUAUUCGAUGACCUUUACCUCACUUGAGGAAAAUUUGUAAAGCCUUUUUUGAAAUGAUCAGCCUUUCUUACACAGUGGUAUUUUUACAUUAAAGAUUAAAAGCGAUAGCUGACUUGGCACCACAAAGGUGAGUCUUAGAAUUUUGAGUAUAUUCAGUAAUUUUGAAAUUUAUAUGUUUAGUAACAAGUAUCGAUUACAUCCAUUUGGGCCAUUGCUUUAAGAUUCGAACUAUUUUGGCCAUCUGAUGUCAUCCCGCCUGUCUCGGCUGAUGCUAAGCCGAUAAGGUUGCCUGGAUGGCAUUCGGGAUGCUGUUUACUUACGAAGUGAAAGAUUGUGUUCUGGAAUGGCAUUUAUUACACCAAUGACCCUCUUGCUGGUGCUGCUAUUCCCGUGCGUGGCCUGUUUCGAACUGGAGCUGAUGCUCGUCACAGCACGCUGUUUACUCUGAUUUUACUGACGGCGAGAAAUGACUGUUUAGGCGUCACCUUUGUUGUGUUUCGUUACGGGAUCCUUGAGGGAACUCUAGAGGUGUGAUGCACGUCAAAAGCAGAAUUACACAAGGAACACCAACUACGUAGAUGGCCGCUGUAGGAUCAUGGCACGGUACGGCCCUAGGUACAGGCACACAAUGUUGAUAGUCACGUGUCUUGGAACGACACGGUUAUGUUACAUCAAAACCACAAUUACAAAUAACAUAGGCACGAAAUGUCUGGUGCAGUAACAUACUCUAUGCCGUUGCUGGCAUAGGUAAUGCCUGGUGGAGGGCCCCUUUAACCCGCCUAUCACGUGGGUGUGGUACGCGGCCCGCCACAAAGUCCCGUGUAAAUGAUUCGUCAGUAAGUUUGGUUGCACAUUUAGCCUCGCGGCUAAGUCCACAUUACAAGAGGCCGGGUCCACGCCUCGCGGCCAGGCUGACAAAACAAGUAACGUAGUACGCGAACGCUUCCCGAAGGAACAACGAAUGAUUAGUUAUGCAGCUGGUGGGUUUGAUCCGGGCCGAUGGGAAGAGAUUGGUAAAACUAACACUAUUGCAGCUGCUCAGGUGAUCAAAGACGGUGAUGACUCUGCGGUGCGUGAACACGUCUGGCCCCUGCUGCGUAAGGUGAGAUGCAACUGAAAAAGACCUCUAAUGGCAACCGGCCACUUGGGGUGAAGAGAGCAGUAGUCGAGCUAGACUAUGUUUAAGAACGUAGUCGCACAUUGAACAAUUUUUAUUGAUUAAUUGGUGAUUUAUUGUAAAUGAUAAGUGUCUUAUAAUUCGUUAGUUUUAUUUAAACAUAUUAAACUGGGCUUGAUCGAUAGUCGCCAGGUGCAGCGCUUGUUCGUACCGUCGUACUUUUUGCGCCGCGCACUUUCAGACACGCCCCUCGAGAAACAGAAAUGGAACAUGCCGGCUUGUGUCGGCCAAGGGAGCACCGACAGGUGUCGUCACAGCUGGAGAAUUCUGAGGUAGGUGCUUGCGGCUCAUAACUUUCCAUUUCAGAACAGUUCGGAUGAAAUUAUUUUUCUGGCAGCUCAGGCAAUGUUCAAAUUAUUUUGUGGAAAUAGUCGCAUUACCCAUAAUCUUUAAAAAAAAAUUACACUUCGUAAUUUUUAUUAGGUAUUUAAUCAAACUUAAAAAAAAUUACACAUUUGCUAAUUCAUAAUUUUUGUGCAUUUAUUUUAAAUUUUGUAAUAAAAAAAUAUGUGUAUGUGUGUGAUUACCAAUUCUGCAGUUAAAAACUAGGCAUGGUAUAUUCCAGCUAACAGGAGUACUGCUUUAUAGAACAUUUUAUAAAUUAUCUUGAAUAACUCUCAGAAGUGAAAUGGAAUUUUGUUAAUACAAUGAUGUUUGAUGCAUUUGUGUUCUAAUUAUGUAAGUAUUAUUUUAGUAUAUAUAUAUAUAGUAUACAUUACUUUAUAAACAAAUGUAUACCUAUACAUUUAAGUACAGUGUUCUUACAAGUGCAAACCAAGUGAUUGUAUUUGCAAUUGACACCUGCUAAGUUAUACAUUUAAGAGAAUGACCAAUUGGAACACAGCCUGAUUUGGUUGUUGAGUCAGAAACUGGUUUAUAAUGUUAAAAAUAGGAUUUAUUUUAUGCAUCCAUGAAUGACGUGAGCCAAUCUUUAUUUUACUCACAUCCUUUGUUAGCUUACACAUCAUUUGUCAUCUAGCAUUUUUAGAGUUAAUAUUUCCACUCAUUGGAUUAGGGAAACAUAAUGAGGUUCAGGAAACAUCUUUGACAAAACUUUCAAACGUAAAUGAAACCUGGCCUCAGAAAUUGUUUUCCUAAAGUCAGAUGAAAAAAAUUACGCUGACAGAAACCUGUUUUUGGGAGAAAAAAGUAUCAGAAUACAUUAUAUAAAUGAGACUUUUCGGAAAGUAAGUACCUUUAAGCUGUUAGAAAAUGUAUGCAGGGACAAUCUAAACAAAGCUAAUGUUACAUGGAAGGAAGCCGUAAACUGUUGACGUACUGUAACUUUCAACUAAUGUUUCGAUAUUUGUCUGCCAUUGAAGUUACCUAGUUAUUUCUGCAUGGCAAUUCUUUAAGUUUAGGAUAUUCGUUAAGAUGACACAUGAUAAAGUAUCUGCUCUCAUAAAUAUUUUUUCAAUCAUGCAUUUUCUUAUUAAUCCUUCCUCAAACUGUUCCACCUACCUUUUCACCAUUCCAUUAUAUGUUACGUUUCCAUACUGAACUUUGCCAAUGGAUUUUCCAUACUGAACUGCCAAUGGAUUUUAGCACGUGUUUCAUGUUUGGCAUUUAAAAACUGGACCAAGAAAUAUUCAUUCAUGAUCAGCGUACCUCUCAUUUCCCUAAAACAUUUUUAUAACGCUUUUAAGAAGGCAACUCUUGCUGUGUCGCUGGUGAUGGACUCUGCAGAGACCAAACCAACAAGAAACAAUGGUAGACCCACACCAGGGCUCUGACGUCAAUUCGGUGAUCAUGGAAAUGGUAAUUACUUUCCGAACAUGCCUCAUAUUUGACUGAUUCAAAGGGAGAUAAAUUGUGUUUGUGGUGUAGUUGGAUUUAUCAUUUAUGUCAAUGUUGUAAAUAUAUGUAUAUAGGAAUGUUUAAUAUUUUGAAAAACUUUAAAAUAAGGAAGCAUUUAUACCAGUAAAUAGAGAACGAUAAAUAUAUUAAUAUAGUCCUUGCAUUUUAUUUUUUGUCUGAAUAGUUUAAUAUUUUUUUUUUUGUAAAACCAAAAUACUCUGGAGUCCUAUAUUUGGUUUACAUGAGUUGCCAGUACGUCUGUGAGGUGUGCAACAGUGAGUUGAUAUCUAAGUGCCAUAUCUUCAGUUGCCAACAGAAACACUGUAGUUACCAUUGCGGUGCUAGGAUAUUGCUGCCUGCAUUACGUUAAGUGUGUGUGUGGCAGUAACUUAACUCUCUUGUGCCACCGUGGGUAAGGAUGUGUGUUGACCUCUUAUCAAAUUGGCUGUGAAAUCAUGAGCAAGCAUAAAAUUUGCCAGUAGGACACGCCAAAACUUCGUUUUAAGGCAGUAUGGUUUCUUUUUGCUAAUACGUCAGGUCUCGUAUGUCUUGAUGAGAAAAUGGGAGUGAAUAAUUUGAAAGUAAUUUUUCAGGCACUAUGUGUGCCUGUUCAUUUCAAUACGUAAUUGUCUAAAUUAAGUUUACUAAUAGUGGUUUGUAGUUAUAAAAAUGAGGAAUAGUAUUUAUAACCCUUGAAGUUAAUUUUUUUAAAUACUAUUAAAGACUAGAUUUUCCUUCGAGAUGUGUCGGGUGCAUGGUGAUUAAAUUGGGUACAGAUUUUAUUGAUCUCAGCUUUUGGCAAUGAUGGAUUGGCCAUCUUAGUUUUCUGCAGAAGACUGCUGUAUGUUUUAUAGAUUGAGCACAGAAAAAAAAAAUUAAAACAGGUAAAAACUAACUUUGUCCUUUAUUUACAGGGUACCAAUACAAAAAGUUUGCAUACAUAAUGUUUGUAACUGGUAAUUGGAAGACUAUAUUAUGUCUUGUCUUGAUAUUUUAUAAUUUUGUGUACCAUGUUGCUUUGAAUAAGGUAAAAAUGUGAAAUUUUUUUUGAUGAGUUGUGCAGUAUAGUUAGUUAUGUAAAUAUGACUUAAUAGGAAUACUUUUAUUCUAUUUCUAAGUUGAACACACAUUGUUUGUACAUUUUGAAGUGUUUCAGACUUACGUUUAAAUCUUAAGUGUGUGUAAUACUAUUGUGGAUUCAGUUUAUGAAAUUGAAUUUUUAUAUCUGUGGUUAGUUAAAAUUUUUUGGCAUUAUUGGUAGGAAAUAAAUGGAAAAUUUGUAUAAUUACUGCUUUACCAAAUUGAUUUUAAAAAAAAUUAUAACAUACCUCUGUAGUAUGUUAAAAUUGGUAGUCCCUUGUGGAAGUAAAAUCAUUCACACUUCAUGUUCAAAAUGUUCGAUCUUUGGUCCUUGAAUUUUUGUGAUGUGUAGUCAACCUUUAUAGUGAUUUAGUAUUAGUGAUUAAAUAUGAUAGCAGUUGUGGUAUUCAACCACUGAUAUCAGCUAGAUGUAAAAUGUAGAUUAGACUAGAUAGUUUUUACAAUGUUCUUGUGGUAAUGCCUGUAUGAUGUGUGAUUUCUCUUUUUAAGAAAUAAUAGUCUGAUUGUAGACUAAACACGAACUUAAUGAAGUUCUUGUAGCUGUAUUUUAAUUUUGAAAUAGGUACCUAUGUACUAUUUGGUGCUAAUGUUUAAUAGGCCAAUACUGAUAAUGUGCUGUCUGCCCAUAAUUUGAAUGCCAAUUAUUGUUUAAAAAAAUUUUUUUGUGCAAUUCAAGCAUGAUAAUGAUAACAUAUCACAAUGAAAUAUAAUUGGUUGAUGGUUACAUGAAAAAAUUUCAUAUGUAUAUUGGAUCUGUGUGGUAAGUUUAUUAAAAAUAUUACUAUCCCUUAAUUUAAUGUAGGUAUCUGGAUUACAUACAUAUUUCAUGGAACAAAGGUUUUUGUUAUUCAGUUGGUCAACUCAUUCUCUUAUUUCAAGGCAUCUGAAUCUUCAAUUAUUUUUUCACUUGCAUGUAGUUGGUUUCUAUGCAUUGAAUCAGGUCAAUGUUCUUUUUCGAAACCCCAUCAGGAAGGGACUUAAAAUCGGUAGCUGAACUUGCAUUAGACUUUUGUUCUCCAAGCAUGAUGUUUUCGAAUAUAUAAUCUCGUUGAAAUAAUUUCUACGAACGUAUCUGUUCAAAUUCGGCCACAAGUUUCGUAAAGACGCUUUAAACGAUAAGUGUAAAUUCUGUUCCAAUAUUUAUCACGCACAGAUAUGACAUGAUGAACCUCCGCCUACUUUUCACGAAACCAUUAAGCGCCUGUAUCCACUAGUCAUUUAUCUCUCUCUAUACACAUUUAACAUUUCUCAUUCAAUGGUGGCCUGAGGACUAGUGUUAGCGUUCUGUCAUUUGAUUCACAAAGUUUUGCAUCCAAUUUACACGUAAAGAAAUUAUGGCCACUUCUAUACGUGUCCUAUACGUGUGUGUCCAAAUUACAUCCAAGGAUUAAGUAGAAGUCAUUUUAACUAAGCAGUACAUAAAAGAAGAAUGAGUUACUUUUCAUGCCAUAUUGGAUAUUGAGGCUUGAUCACUUUUGGUGUCAGAUGUCUUGUAAAUGAGAGUGUGAAAGUGACAUAAAAUCAUUCCUUAGAUUGUAUUCUGUAACAGGUCAUGUUUUAAGUUUGAAAACUAAGUACAUAUUAGGAAUAAUUCGUGUUACGUUCUUGCCACUGUAAAGAACCUGUCUUUGAACUAGUAAUUAAUGUUAUUAAGGUUCUUGUACCUGUAAAUUUCAUGAUGUAGCGAUGGGAAUUUUUUGUUAAUUCUGUUUUUUUUUGUACUCUGGGAAAGAAAAAAAUAUCUAUGCAAGUUGUGGUACAGUGCAGCUCAGCUGUUAUUUUUUUUUAAUGAAACAAUGUGGAAACAAAGGCUUAGCUGAAAGAAAUGGUGGAAAGUACUAAAACGAGGAUAUAUGGUGUCAUUUGUCAUUCGCUUUACAUAGCAUGUCAGUAAAACCACUAUACUCAUUACAGCAAAAUUGAAGAGUUUGAAUUGCGUGUGUUUGCUAUUGAGAUAUUUAUAAAGAGGUGUAACGAAAUAAGUCUAGUCUGUCCGCGGGUUUUAUUUAUCCAUGAUAGUGGGACUGUCACAUAAACUGCGGUAAAUUUGUGUACCAGUUAGUUUCCGAAAGAGAGAAAAAAAAAAUUAUUUCAUCCAUUGUUUCAUUCCAUUCAAGUUGGAGAUCUCGAUGAUUGGCGGAGGAUAUGAUGAUGGCAGUGCUGCGAAUGGGUGCCGCCGUAUUAAAGGUUUGCGGGAACUGUUCUCAUGGCCGUCGCUCGGAUCUGCCUGUCCGCUCUCAGCGUGAAGCGCACGUAAACUCGGGAGCUGGGAAAAAAACUGGCGAGCCCUAGGCUACUUCCAAGCCGCUGCCCUUCCACGUGCGCUCCUGCGACAGCAGAGAGAACACGUGGUUUCGUGAAGGUCCGUUUAUUACUGGUCACGUAUGAAGUACGUCAAAAGAAAACUACACUGUGUUUAUAACUGUGAAAAUUCCCGACCGCAUGCCACGUGACUGGAUGAUACGUUCGCAAUAAGGCUCACGUCCCCGGAGGGUUGAAGAGUUUACUCGUCCUGGCCAGUCAUGGGGAUGCGCGGAAGAGAGUAGUGAUUAGAGACCUGCAAAAUUAGCGGUUUCGAUGGCCUUCAGGAUAGACUGCACAUACCCCUGUACACUCGGGCAAACAACGCAAGUUCAUUGGCUGCCGUCUUGUAAGUCGUCUCAGCUGGUUUGUCUGUGAUUCGAUCCUUCUUUGGUUGAGAGUUUAUAACUGGUUGAGAUUCGUCCAGAUGAACAGUAAGCCAAGAGCAAAAUUAUCUAAGAGGUAUAUGUGUUUGAAUUCUAGCCUAUCACCGAAUGAAUCUGCGAAUUUUGCAGGUCUCUAGUAAUGAUAUUUGGAAGUUGACAGAAAGAGCAGGUCAGUGGGGCAACGGGGCGCUGCGGCCGAUUCCGAUCACGAGAAGCGAUGAAGCUCGACUGGGUUCGGGGCGUUCAGGGAGCGGGACGGCGUACCCGCACCUUUAGAUAAUUUAAAUUUGGGCCAUGGAUGCAGUUACAAAGAAAGAAUCAAGUCCCUAAAAAUAUCGCAAGUUAUUUAAACAGAUAAAAGGUUGAAAUACAUUUUUAUUAAAUCAACAAAGUUUAAUACUAAUGCCUACUUAGGGAGCAUUGUAUCCGAUUCUUUCGUUAAGUGAAAUUGAUACAAUAAGAUAAUAUUAAGUUUUCAGGGUAUUCUCCGGCACAUCUAGCAUGCUUGGCAGAAGUUGUGGCCGUGCGCCUGUCACGCUUGCGUACGUUGCGCUAACGACUGCCGUAAGGGUAGGAUGUAGUCAGAGGGGUGGUGACGUAUCACUGUGCAAAGCUCCCAACACACAUGCACCAAGUUCCAAAAUACAGUAAAAUUUUGUCAUUUAGCACAUAUGAUGCUGGGGGGGGGGGGGGAUGUUUUCCGAGGAAGUGAGUUAAAUGCGACAAAUUUAGGAACAAAAAAACAACUUACAGCUCUAAGUUUAAAAGGAGUGAGAUGAAUUUUUUUUUCUUUCUUGUAAUUUCUGUAUCAGCAAUCUUGAAUGUUACAGGCCUAUUUCUGUUAAUUCUUUUUUUAUGUAUAUUAGAUAGGAAUGUUUUAAUUUUCUAUUGUUUCAUUAAACAUUUAAAUGUUUGUUGAGUUAUAAACGUAAUUAUAAAAAUAUUAUAAAUUACUGCGUUUGUAAGGAAAUACUAAAUGAAUACAUUCUUUAUAUUCUUUUAAUGUUUAGUAGUUUUUGUCAUGACAAAGGAAGAUAAAUGUUUGUGUUAUAAAGGUUAAAAAUGUGUGGUUUUGAAUACAGUUUUGACUGUGACUUAAAGGUUUGUUUUAGGAAUUUUUUCUUUGUUAUUGAAGAUGUUGACUAUAUAGAGAGGUUGUAUUGUACCAGUGUUUGAUCCACCAAAAUAUUAAUAAAUGUUAACUAUAUAUGUUUGCAAAGUCUUGUGGUGACGAAAACAAUGAAUUUAAGCUAAAGAACAAUUAAGCGAUCCUCAUUAUUGUAAACAAGGAAAUUUUCUUGGAGAAACAAGUUUACCUAUACAUUUUUAUUGUAUGUGAUUUCAGUGUUAGGUUUUUUGAACUUUUCUGUUGCUAGGCUGUCGUAUAAUAUUAAUGAAAGCACAGCAAAUUAGGAGUUUAGAAGAAAAAAAAAACACAUUUUGUUCCCAUAACCACAACUUGCAUAAAGCACAAACUUACUGCUGACUCAUAUGCACCAGUUUAAUUGUGCUAGUAUCUUGAACAGCUAUUUACUAAAGCUUUGCUAGAAUUUAUUGUUGGAAAAUAUGAUUUUCUAUUUACAUUUGUUGGUUUAUUUUAGUAUUUUAGUUUAAUCAUUGUUACAUAUGUAUAAUUUUUAUCAUCCAAAGAUUGUUUCUAUCGAAUUGUUAGUAGACUGUCUUGAAAUUAAUUUAGAUGUAUGUUUUGUUUUUGUAGCACAAUGUUUUAGUGUUUCUACGAGCCAUAUAAAUACCUAAAUAAAUACUUGGCUUAAUAUA